AUGGCAGAACAUAACUCUGGACGCCUUGCUGCGAUCGUGGUGUUCCUUAUCGGCUUUGUGAUUAGUUUGGUGUUCAAUGGGCUCUCUGUGGUUGGAGUUGGUGAGUCAAAACUUUAAAAAGUCAGUCUUCUUAUUAAAUUUAGGAGCUAAUGUGGUUUGACAUUUUCUGUUUGGUUGUUGAAGCUUGAGAGCUUUUAGUUUGACAUGUUUACCUUUACGUAAGUCUCUUCGCCUUGACUUACUGUGUUUACUUUUCCUCCCCAGGUCCGUAUACAACCACAACAGCAAACGUGUCAGCAGAAUUUGACACUGAGAUUACACCUAUAGGGUGGACUUUCAACAUCUGGAGUGUCAUCUAUGUGUGGCUGACAUUAAUGGUCAUCUACAUCGUCACCGGACUUUGCAGAAAGUAUGAAAGGCAAGAAAACAUUGAAAAAUGUGCUUUAAAACCUGAGCAGAUUGAAAAUAAACUGCUGUGAUUUUGUCCCCACAGGAAUGGUUAUGGCUAUGUCUACUGCAGCCCUCCAGUGCUGCCUUAUGGUUUCUUUGUUAGCUGGUGCAUCAAUCUGUGCUUCAACAUUGGCUGGCUGCUUGUUUGGGACAGAGGGUAAGAGGCUCCUGUAUCUGUUUAUGUCUCACUAAGUGUUAAGAAACGCUAAAUGAGAUAAGGUAAGAUAAGCGAAGAUAAACUACUGACAUCUCACCUGAGAAAUUCACUUGUUACAACCGUUUACAAAACUAGAAAAUUUAACAGGGUGAUAAGUCCAUCAGACUUUGGUCUUCCACAGUGCCUCAAAUUUCAUUUGAUGCAAAAUUUAAAUCAUCACUGACAUUGUAGCUAUACGUAUAUGUUGCAGAUACAUAAAUAUGCAGAUACAUAAAUAUAAUAUAAUAUAUAUAUAUAUGUGUAUACAUAAGAAUAUAAGUGAAGACUUCAAAAUUGUCACUUGCCUUCUCCUACAUGAAAAAUAUAUACUAAAUGUACAGAAAUAUUUUAUUACUGGUUAUGGUAAAAUAGACAGUUAUGAUUGGUAUGUGUAUGAUUUGAGAAAAUUUUGCAGUAAAUUUUAGAUCAUGAAUGAUGUUAAUAAACGGACUUUUCUGCUGCUUUCAUGUUUUUUUUCAGGAUAAUGAUCGCUGCGAUGGUUUUUCUCAUCCUGGUCAUCUGCACAAACUACAGCAUGAUUUUCUUCAUCUGCCAUGGACUUCAUGUUUAUGGACCAUGGCUCAAGAAAUACCACAACGCAGACCUGUGGUGCUACCGUAUGAUUGUGAGUAAAAUAAACAACAGAGCUGACUUUGACUUUGACUGUUAUCUAGCUUAAACACUGUGGUCAACACUGCUUUCAGUAUGGCACCUCUGCUUGAACCUCUGUCUGCAGGUCCAGAAUGCUGUGAUGGUUUACACAACAUGGACCACCAUUGCAACACUGAUCAACCUCACAAUUGUACUGACUUAUAAUGCUGGGGUGUCUUCAGAGGAUGCUGCCACCAUAUCCUACUGUAUUCUGGCUAUUGUUCUACUUGUGUGGUGAGUUCACUGCUCCGGAAAAAUACCUAUUAUAGAAGAAAUAAGCACAAAUAUCUGUGAAAUUUAGAGUAAAUGUGUUUUUUAUGUGUGUCACAGGUUCAUUUUGGAAAAUCUUGUGCUCGACAAACAUGUGCGGUACAUCAUUGUUAUCUACCCUGUUGUGAUCUGGGCACUGUUGGGAAACCUGAUGAAAAACUUUGAUGCUACGUCACCCAGUCGCAAUGGCAUCCUCAUUGGUAGGACUGAGGAGAUUUUCAUGUCAAUAUCAUGAUACUGUAAAUGACAAAAUACCUUUUGCUUGGUUGAUGCGAUCAAAUAAAUGUUACUCUCUGAGCACAGCAGAAGACUUUGUAACCACUAAUCAGCCUUUAUCAUGUGCACUGACUGUAUUUUUCUUCUCUCAGCUGUGCUGCUGGCUAUAGCCUGUGUGCUGGUUGUAUUCCGGAUUGCUUUUGUGAUUUGGAGACACAUCAAACAGCCGCUGUACACAGAUGCCAGUCCUGAAGCCAUGGAACCCACAGAGAUUGCUGAGAAGCAGAAAAAGAUAUUUCGCUAA